CUUUGGGUAUAAUGACCUGAACUGACAGCUGGAUCAUCAGACUUGCGGUCAGUUCUGUUCAUGUGACCAUAAUAUAGAGGAUCUGCCCCGACAAGUAUUCACCUCAUCAUCCGAGAGCAAGAAGAUAAAUCAUGUGCAGGAAUAUCCCCUCAAAUGUCUCCAUAUAACAUCCUGGAAUUGUAUAGAAUUAAAUGUUUAUUCACAAUACAGGUUCCUAUAAGGUGUCAGGACGUGGCGGUCUAUUUCUCCAUGGAGGAGUGGGAGUAUGUAGAAGGACACAAGGAUCAGUACAAGGAUCAGGUCAUGAUGGAGGAUCAGCAGCCCCUCACAUCAGCAGUCAGAUCCAGUAAGAGAACAGCACCAGAUAGGUGUCCCCGUCCUCUUGAUGAACAGAAUAUGGAGGAUAUUACCACAGGGAAAGAUCUGAUCUAUAUUAAUGCUACAGACAUAAAGGAAGAAGAAGAGACAGAUGUGAGCAGUGAUGAGCAGUAUAAGGAGGACAUUUCUACAGAGCAUGAUCUCAUCUAUAUUAAUGCUACAGACAUAAAGGAAGAAGAAGAGACAGAUGUGAGCGGUGAUGAGCAGCAUAAGGAGGAUAUUACUGCAGGGAAAUAUCUGAUCGAUAUUUAUACUACAGGCAUAAAGGAAGAACAAGAGACAGAUAUGAGCGGUGAUGAGCAGUAUAAGGAGGACAUUCCUACAGGGAAAGAUAUGAUCUAUAUUAAUGCUACAGACAUAAAGGAAGAAGAAGAGACUGAUGUGAGCGGUAAUGAGCAGUAUAAGGAGGACAUUCCUGCAGGGAAAGAUCUGAUCUAUAUUAAUGCUACAGACAUAAAGGAAGAAGAAAAACCAGAUGUGAGCGGUGAUGAGCAGUAUAAAGAGGACAUUCUGACAGGAAAAGAUCUGGAUAAUAUUAAUGCUACUGAUAUGAAGGAAGAAGAGACAGAUGUGAGCAGUGAUGAGCAGUAUAAGGAGGACAUUCCUACAAGUAACCACCCAGAUUCUUGUAGCAGGAGAUCAGAGGAGAAUCUUAUAUCUUCAGAUUAUAAAGCAGAUGAUGAUAUCACACAAGAUACAUAUGAAGAACAUUCCAUUAUCCCAGAUACACCCUCAGCCCUUCACAGCCAAGAUCUGUCAUCUCAUCCUUAUAUACAGGUCCUGUCUUCUCAGUCAUCACAGAAAGGUCACAGAAGGGGUGUUGGACAUGAACGAGCUCAUACAGGAAAGAAACCAUAUUCAUGCUCAGAAUGUGGGAAAUGUUUUCCUUUUAAAUCAAGUCUUGUUACACAUCAAAGAACUCACACAAGAGAGAAGCCAUUUUCAUGUUCAGAAUGUGGGAAAUGUUUUCCUGCGAAAACAAAUCUUGUUCAACAUCAAAGAACUCACACAGGGGAGAAGCUAUUUUCAUGUUCAGAAUGUGAGAAAUGUUUUACUAAUAAAUCAUAUCUUGUUGUACAUCAAAGAACUCACACAGGGGAGAAACCAUUUUCAUGCUCAGAAUGUGGAAAAUGUUUUACUCAGCAAUCGCAUCUUGCUGUACAUCAAAGAACUCACACAGGGGUGAAACCAUUUUCAUGUUCAGAAUGUAGAAAGUGUUUUACUGACAAAUCAAAUCUUGUUCAACAUCAAAAAACUCACACCGGGGAGAAGCUUUUUCCGUGUUCACAAAUUACUGAGAAAUCAAGUCUUGUUUAUCAUCAAAAAACUCACAUAGGAGAGAAGCUAUUUUCAUGUUCAGAAUGUGGAAAAUGUUUUACUGAGAAAUCAAGUCUUGUUACACAUGAAAGAACUCACACAGGAGAGAAGCCAUUUUCAUGUUCAGAAUGUGGAAAAUGUUUUACUAAAAAAUCAUAUCGUGUUGAACAUCAGAGAACUCACACAAGGGAGAAGCCAUUUUCAUGUUCAGAAUGUGGAAAAUGCUUUACUUGUAAAUCAAAUCUUGUUAGACAUCAGAUAACUCACACUGGAGAGAAGUCAUUUCCAUGUUCAGAAUGUGGAAAAUGUUAUUCUAUGAAAUCAAGUCUUGUUAAUCAUCAAAGAACUCACACAGGUGAGAAGCCAUUUUUAUGUUCAGCAUGUGGAAAAUGUUUCACUGGGAGAUCAAGUCUUGUUUAUCAUCAAAAAACUCACACAGGAGAGAAGCCAUUUUUAUGUUCAGAAUGUGGAAAAUGUUUUACUGACAAAUCAGGUCUUGUUCAUCAUCAAAAAACUCACACAGGGGUGAAGCCAUUUCUGUGUUUAGAAUGUGGAAAAUAUUUUAUUCAGAAAUCAGAACUUGUUAAACAUGAAAGAACUCACACAGGAGAAGCCAAUUCAGAGCAAUAAAUGACGCAGAUAACACAUCUAUAUAUUAUCCAUGUACAUAGGAUAUCUGACAUUUAUACAUAUAUCAUAUACUGCAGGGGUCUCAAACUGGUGGCCCUCCAGA